AUGGCUAGUUUGAACAGUCCUAUACAUGUGGACGAUGGGUUUAAUGAGUAUGAAAGUGCUGCAAAAUGUCAAAAGUCUACCACUUCAAAGGUGUGGGAUGAAAUGACAAAGCUUGAAUGCGAGAACAAAAAUGAAUUGAAGGCACAAUGUAAUCACUUUAAAGCUGGUUUAGAACUUGCUGAUGAUGUUGUUGGUAAGAUUCGAAAAGGAAUUAAGUACAUAAAAAAGUCGGGAACUCGUAGGAAAAUAUUUUAUGAUGUGGCCGACAAAAGUUUUCAUUUGAAUGUGACCAAAAAGUUACGUCAAGAUGUCUGUGUGAGAUGGAAUUCUACUUAUUUGAUGCUUGAAUCUUCUCUUUACUGUAAAGAUGUGCUAGAUUAUUGGGGCCAACGGGAUAAAGAUUAUCAAAUAUUUGCACUUUCUAACGAGGAGUGGAGAAACGUUUACAAGGUCUUGCUUGAUACAGUUAAAGGUCCUUAUUCGUUUUUAACUCCAAUGGUUAAGCAAAUGCAAGAGAAAUUUAAUAAAUAUUGGGCUGAGUAUUCGUUGAUAUUGUCAUGUGCUGCAAUUUUAGAUCCUCGUUACAAGUUGAAUUAUGUGCAGUAUUGCUUUACUAAAAUAUAUGGUAUUCAUGCUUCAGAUUUUGUUAAAACCAUUCUUAGCAAUCUUAGACUCUUAUUUGACGAGUAUGUUAAGAAAUCCAAAUCCACGUCUUCCUCUUUGCCUGGGAGUUCUAAUGUUUCAGAUAAAAAUCCUGUUGAUUCUAGUUUGGAUGAAUACAAUGUUAAUAGUGUUGAUUUUGAGGGAUAUUUUGAUGAGAGUGAUGAUUAUAAAAGGUAUUUAAAUGAAUCUAACACUAGGAGUGAAAAGUCACAGUUGGACAUUUAUUUGGAAGAACCGGAGUUUGAGUUGAAUAGUCAAAUAGAUGUUUUGGAUUAUUAG